AUGAAAUCUAUAUCUUCACUACAAUAAUAAUUAUCAAUUAGCUAAAUUCAGAAUUGUUAUUCAAUAAAUUUUAGUAAAGAUUGCAAUACUUUUGCAGUUGGAGAAUAGUAAAUAAUAAAGGUUUAAAGGUUUACAUCAGAGAAGACAAAGUUAAUUAAUAAAUUAGUAGGUAAUAGAAAAGAGAUUUCAAUAUUAAGAUUUAUGUUGAAGUCUAAUCAUUUAGUUUCUACAAGUUUUAAUGGUUCAAUUUCUAUAUGUUCUUAGUACCUGUUAGCAAAACCUUUAAAAAGUUGCAGGUUAUUAAAUCAUUAGAAGGGUAUUAUAUGUUACACAAUAAAUUCCGAUGAAAGUCUUAUUAUUACUUGUCUAUAUUAAUGUUUGGGUUAAAGAAUGAAAUGA